AUGUGGAAGGUCAUCAUUUUUUGUUCAACUAUGAUCUUGAUUCUUGCGGUUGUACUUUAUGGCGUUGGACCAAGCAGUAUUGUGGAAUCUCCUGACCGGGAGUACGACUACAUCAUUGUUGGUGCGGGCACAGCAGGUUGUGUUGUAGCGUCCCGAUUGGCCGAAAAUUCGAAUGCGAAGGUGUUGCUCGUGGAAGCAGGCAGUACCAUCCAAAUCGUCAGCCGGAUUCCUCUUCUCGCACCUGUAGUUCAGCAGACCAACGCUGAUUGGCAGUUCAAAACAGUGUCUCAGAAAUUUUCCUCGAUAGGACUGUUUGACCGUAUACAGUUCCUGCCGCGAGGAAAGGGUCUUGGCGGCUCAGGGCACAUAAAUUAUAUGAUCCACUCGUUUGGCCGGCCCAGCGACUACAACGACUGGCCCAAGGGCUGGACCAGCACGGAACUCGAGCCCUACUUCGACCAAGUCGAGCAGCUCAUGUCGAUCAACCGGCGGCCCACCAGCAGGAUCUUGGCCCGAGCGGCGGACCUGUACCAUAAAUCUGCCAAUCCCUUUGUUCCGGUCUCGGUGAGUACGUCCCAGGGCGUCCGCACGAGCAGCUAUCGCACCCAUCUGCAGAAAGUUUGGCACCAGCCGAAUCUACACAUCCUGAUCGACACCCUCGUCAGUAAGGUAUCGAUCGACGAGGGCAACACGGCCCGCGGGAUUGAGCUGAUCGACAAUCUCGGACAGCUCGGCGGCGUUCUGGCGCGCAAAGAAGUUAUCCUAUGUGCUGGUGCGUUGGGCUCGCCGCACCUGCUGAUGCUCUCCGGCGUCGGGCCGCAGAGAGAGUUGAAAAAACACAAUAUAACCGUCAGAGCCGAUUUGCCGGCCGUGGGGCGCAACCUGUUCGAUCACCUUAACAUGCCAAUGUACGUUAAACUGAAAAAUCCGUCGAGCGAAGCCGUCAGCAUAACGCACGAGAAUUUGCUGACCCUCCGAACGUUGACCGACUAUUUUUUUGGAGGAACAGGAUUAUUGGCGAGCAACGGGAUAGCCGGCAUGACGUGGAAGGACGAUCACGCCGUGAUUCUCACUGCCAUUGGGACCAUCGACAAAGACGCGCUGAUACAGCUGUCGAACUAUCGACCUCAAAUCUUUGAGAGGCUGUUCCCGACGUACAACGACAGCACAGCCGAGGGCUAUCUGAUGCUAGCCACCUGCCUGCAGCCGAAGAGCCGGGGUCGCGUGCGCCUGCAUUCGGGCAGUGUUCGGGAUCAUCCGCUCCUCGAUCCAAAUUACUUGAAAAAAAUCGAGGACGUCAAGUGUCACGUUAAAGCAAUGCAACAAGUCAAAGAGAUAGCGAAUUCACCCCCGUUCGUCGAUUACGGGGCUGAGCUGCACGUCCCGUGGUUCGAGGAGUGCAGACAUUACAGGCAGGACAUCGGCAGUGAGGAUUUUUCGGCCUGCCUGGUGCGCAUCGGUGCGAUAACUAGUCACCAUCCCGGCGGCACCUGUCAAAUGGGCGCCAACAGGAACACCUCCGUCGUUGAUGAGAAGCUUCGAGUUCAUGGCAUCAACAAUUUACGGAUAGUCGAUGCCAGCAUACUGCCGAGUCCGAUUUCCGGGCCACCCAACUCCGUGAUAAUAGCCAUUGCCGAAAAGGCUGCCCAGAUGAUAAGGUGAAAGAAGUUUUUAUUACUGGAAGUUUUUUGUUAUUAUGUCAUUUUGAUAUAUUGAUGUCAAAACAUAUGAAUAUAAUGUACAUUUUUUUAGUACCUAGGAACGGAUAUAAUAAAUUUUUUGUUGUUACUUUACUCGUAUAAUGAUAAAUCGGUAAUUAAAAAAACAAUGGUAGCAACGUUAAACUAUAUGAAUUGAGUUUGGAGAAAAAAGUUUUAUAAAAAUAUGUGCGAUCAGCAACAAGUUUUCAAGUGCGUGUAAAUACUUUAUCUAAAGUUAUUAAAUUAUUUCGUACGGUUCAUUUAUCAUAAAAAUACUUUUUAAUUUAUAAUAAUUAUUUCAAAUCUU